CUGAGCCGAAGGCAGUCGCUUAACCAACUGAGCCACCCAGGCGCCCGGUCAAUGAUUAUUUAAAGGAGAGUUCAAGGAAAGUGGAAGGAUGAUUGGGUCAUUAGGUUGGAGGUCCACUGUGGUAGACUUUCUGGGACCACAGAUAUUGGAGGGAAGGAACUAGAAUGAUAGGUGAUAGUGGUCCUGCCCUGGCAUGAGAUAAUGGAGAUAUGUGUGCUUCUGGGUAAUGACAAAACCUGGAUCUCACUGUCCAGGACAGUAACCAUUAGCCAAUUGAAAUGUGGCUAGUCUGGGUUUGGAUGUGCUCUGAGCGUAAGAUACACAUUGGAUUUCAAACACCUAAGGAAAGGGGAAGAAUAAAAUACGCAAAUUUUUUACAUUGGUUUCAGGUUGAGUAUUAUAAUAAUAGAUACUAGAUUAAGUAAAUGUUUUACUAGUGUUAAUGUCAUCUACUUACCUUUUUAACGUGGCCACUGGAAGAGUUGUCGUUACAUAAUUGAGUCACACUGUAUCCGCGUUGAAUGGGCUCACAGGAGGGUAGCUGAUCCGGCGGGGAGGACGGGGUCUGAGGAGGAGGUUAAGAUCUGUCCAUAAUGAAAAGACCAAAAUGGUAAUAGCAAUCACACUGAGGAGAGAAAUGGUGCAGAGUCUCGGAGCAGCGAGAGGGAGUGACAGGGGUCUGUUGAGUACAAGAAGGUGUGGUGGGGGUCUCACCUGAGGGCAUGAGUGUCCCAAGAGGUAAGAGUCUUGAGAACUUUGUCUCUGGUCAGAGCAGGGAGAAGCUGGGGUCUGCAGCCCUGCUUGUCCCGACGGCCCGUUUCUGUAUCCCUGCCACGGGGCCCUCGGGGUUGUCGGAGAGGUGUGAGUCACCCGCACGGUGUCCAGCUGGAGCCCUUAACAACUGGCGUCGGGAGAGGGCCGGGGUACCCGGGGAAGGGCCCCACACGGCACUUCCUUGCCUUGCCUGUCCUCAGCUGGAGGAGCACCGGAACUCCCAGAAGCAGAUGAAGCUGCUGCAGAAGAAGCAGAGCCAGCUGGUGCAGGAGAAGGACCACCUGCGCGGGGAGCACAGCAAGGCCGUGCUGGCCCGCAGCAAGCUGGAGAGCCUGUGCCGUGAGCUGCAGCGCCACAACCGCUCGCUGAAGGAAGAAGGCGUGCAGCGGGCCCGGGAGGAAGAGGAGAAGCGCAAGGAGGUGACCUCACACUUCCAGGUGACGCUGAACGACAUUCAACUGCAGAUGGAACAGCACAAUGAGCGUAACUCCAAGCUGCGCCAGGAGAACAUGGAGCUGGCAGAGAGGCUCAAGAAGCUGAUCGAGCAGUACGAGCUCCGGGAGGAGCAUAUCGACAAAGUCUUCAAACACAAGGACCUGCAGCAGCAGCUGGUGGAUGCCAAGCUCCAGCAGGCCCAAGAGAUGCUGAAGGAGGCAGAGGAGAGGCACCAGCGGGAGAAGGAUUUUCUCCUCAAAGAGGCAGUGGAGUCCCAGAGGAUGUGCGAGCUGAUGAAGCAGCAGGAGACCCACCUGAAGCAGCAGGUGAGACAGAGUGGGUCCUGAUCCUGUGCCUCUUGAGGUCCCCUCACUGGGCCCCAUCCUGGGGGAGGGAAAUGAGACCCUCGUUCUAGGACCACCUUGACUGCUGUGUGACCUUGCUGAGCCUUUGUUCUCUCUGGACCCGCCCAGCACCUAUGGUGGUGACCAGGUGGCUAGGUGAGCUUGAAGGACUUCGUUCCUAGUUGGAAGUGUUGUGCUGCUUUUGAGGAGGCAGGGAUGGAACGGUUGUUUUUAAUUACAUUAAUUAUACUUAAUUUCAGAAGAAAAGUUUGAAAACAUACAUAGAAGCAAAAUAUAAGUCACCCCAAAUCCUGCUUUCUAGGCUUAACAUUUUGGAUUCCGUCCUUCCAAAUACAUAGUUUUUGUUUUGUUUUAAAGAAAAAUGGUAUCUCAAGUGCCUGAG